AUGGAUGCCAGGAAAGCCCAUAAAGCCUCCUCUUCAUCCUCACGAUCUUCCUCAUCAAAACGUUGGAAGUACCAAGUGUUCUUGAGCUUCAGAGGUGAAGACACACGCAAGGGCUUCACAGGCCACCUCCACGCCGCAUUAUCUGAUGACGGAAUCCGCGCCUUUCUUGACGACAACGAGCUAGAAAGAGCGGAAUUUAUAAAAACCCAACUGGAGCAGGCAAUCGACGGGUCCAUAAUCUCCAUAAUUGUCUUCUCCAAGAGUUAUGCCGAUUCCAGUUGGUGUCUUGACGAGCUGGUGAAGAUUAUGGAGUGUAGAGAAAGAUUGGGGCAACAGGUUAUUCCAUUGUUCUAUAAUGUUGAUAGCUCAGAUGUCCGGAAUCAAACUGGUAGUUUUGCACAAGCAUUUGAGAAACAUGAAGCGGGCAUCUGUGAAGGUAAACAUGAGAAAGAAAAGGUACAGCGCUGGAGAAAUGCUCUCACUCAAGCUGCAGAUGUGUGUGGGGAAGAUCUUAAAAAUGCUGACAACGGGCAUGAAGCAAAGUUUAUCAAGAAAAUUCUUGGGGAGGUUAAUAAGCAGUUGUACAGCAAAUACCAAUUAGACAUCGAACACCUUGUUGGAAUUACUUCUCGGCUGGAGGUUUUGCGUAAUCACUUAGAUAUUGAAAAUUCAGGUUCUAAGGAUGUUGUUCGCAUGAUUGGUAUUUGGGGGAUGGGCGGCAUUGGGAAAACAACGCUUGCCAAAGCCAUUUAUAACAAAUUUGAAGGUAGCUUUGAAGGAAUGGAUGAGGAAGAAGCUCUAGAGCUCUUUAGCUGGCAUGCCUUCAAAAGAGGUUGUCCUGAUCAAGAAUACCUUGACCUCUCAAAACGUGUAAUUCAUUAUUGUCAAGGUUUGCCACUAGCACUUGAAGUUUUAGGGUCUUUUCUGAAUAAAAGAACCGCAUUACAGUGGGAAAGCCAAUUGGAGAGAUUGGAAAGAAGUCCUCAUGAAGCAAUUACAAAAAUACUGAGAAUAAGCUUUGACGGGCUACCUGACCGUACAGACAGAAAUACAUUCCUUGAUAUAUCUUGUUUCUUUAUUGGAAUGGACAAGGACUAUGUCACACAAAUAUUAGAUGGAUGUGGCUUUUCUGCAACGAUAGGAAUCAGUGUCCUCAUUGAACGGUGCCUUGUAACUGUUAGUGAGCAAAACAAGCUGAUGAUGCAUGAUUUGCUUCGAGACAUGGGAAGAGAGAUCGUUUAUGAAAAUGCCCAAGGUCACCCUGAAAAAUUUAGUAGAUUGUGGAAACGUAAAGACGUAAUAGAUGUAUUGAGCGAUGAAUCUUUGCAUCAGAAUUUGAAAAUCCUUAAUCUCAGUCAUUCCUAUCAGCUAACAAAAUCACCAGACUUUUCAAAACUCCCAAAUCUCAAGGAAUUGAUAUUGGAAGACUGUGAGAGUUUGUCUGAGGUUCACUCUUCCAUUGGGGAUCUUGGAAGACUUUCUUUGGUAAAUCUUGAAUGCUGCUACACGCUAAGGGAUCUCCCACUGAAUUUCUAUAAUUCCAAGUCUAUUGAAACUCUUCUACUUAAUCGUUGUUCAUGUUUUGAAAAGUUGGCUGAGGGCUUAGGGGACAUGGUGUCAUUGACAACUCUGGAAGCGGAUGAGACAGCCAUAAGACAAAUACCAUCUUCCAUAUUAAAAUUGAAGAAACUGAAAGUUUUUUCUUUAUGUCAUGUGAAAGGGUCGCCAUCAACAAAUCUUUUGCCUCCUUCAUUGCUAAGUUUAAGCUCCUUAAAAGAAUUAGCUCUUGCAAGCUGGAGUUUAACUGAUGAUGCAUUCCCCAAGGAUCUCGGUAGCCUAAAUUCCUUAAAAAAUUUAAAUCUUGCCGGCAAUGACUUUUGCAGCCUACCAAGCCUCAGUCGUCUUUCACAGCUUCAAGAUUUGUCUUUAUAUGACUGCAAAAAUCUUAGUGCAAUUCCAGAUUUACCAACAAAUUUGGAAGUCUUACGAGCAGGUGACUGCAUUGCAUUGGAAAAAAUGCCAGAUUUUUCAGAAAUGUCAAAUAUAAGAGAACUGUAUCUACGUGAUUCGGGCAAACUCACUGAGAUUCCAGGCCUGUAUAAGUCAUUAAACUCCAUGACAAGGAUUCAUAUGGAAAAGUGCACUAAUCUCACUGCCGAUUUUAGGAAGAACAUCCUACAGGGACAGUUAUCGAAUGACGAGCUCAAAUUGCAAGACGGUGAUAAAGUCUGGAUUGAAAUAAUAGUGGACAAAUGGGUGAAGGUGAAGAAAACAGGUGUUAGUCUGGUAUGGGACAAAUUUAUGAACGAAAAUAUGAUUGAUUACCAUCUUUGUGCGUAUGAACGACGCCCAUCUCAAAAUCUGGUCAAUGAUGAUGACAUCAUUCAUGUUGAAGAUGAUCAUGACAUGACAAAAUCACCAGACUUUUCAAAAUUCCCAAAUCUCGAAAAGUUGAUAUUGAAAGGUUGUACAUGGUUGAUUAAGGUUCACUCAUACAUUGGGGAUCUUGGAAGACUUUCUUUGGUAAAUCUUGAAGGCUGCAACAAUCUAGAGGAUCUUCCACUGAAUUUCUAUAAAUCCAAGUCUAUUGAAACUCUUCUACUGAAUGGUUGUUCAAGAUUUCAAAACUUGGCCGAUGGCUUAGGGGACAUGGCUGCUGGCGGCGUAGGCUACCAAGCCUCGGUGGUCUUUCAAUCCUUAGAACAUCUGCUUCUUGUAGACAAUUACUUUCGUAGCCUACCAAGUCUCGCUGGUCUUUCAAAGCUCAAGGUCUUGUGUUUAAAUGCAUGCAGAGACCUUCGUGCAAUCCCAGAUUUACCAAAGAAUUUGUGUGUUCUGAAAGCAAAUGGCUGCCCAGAAUUGGAAACAAUUCCAGAUUUUUCAGAAAUGUCGAAUAUGAGAGAAUUGUAUCUCUGUGAUUCGUUCAAACUCACUGAGGUUCCAGGCUUGGAUAAGUCAUUAAACUCCAUGACAAGGAUUCAUAUGGAAGGCUGCACCAAUCUGACUGUUGAUUUUAGGAACAACAUCCUACAGAGAUGGACUUCUUGCGGAUUUGGUGGAAUUUAUUUGAAUGGAAUUUAUGAUAUUCCCGAGUGGUUCAAAUUCGUCAAUAAUGUGGACAAUUUCGUCUUCUUUGAAGUUCCUCAAAGAAUAUUGGGUCGUGAUUUAAAAGGGUUGACGAUAUGCUUCGUUUACUCAAGAUUCUCAAGGUCUAAUUGGCAUUAUCUAGAACUUGAAGAUUCUGAACGUCGUAUAGUCAUUAUUGUUAAAAAUUUUACCAGGCGAACUGCUUUGCACGCCAGGAUAGCAUCAGUCUCCUUACUUGAAGACCAUUAUCUUUGGCAGGGACAAUUGUCAAACGAUGUGCUCCGUUUGGAAGGCGGUGACCACGUAUCGAUUCUUGUAAGGCCUGAUAAUGAUUUUGUGAGAGUGAAAAAGACAGGGGUUCAUCUAGAAUGGGACAAAGUCAUGAAGGAAAAUAUGGAUCAUUUGUAUGAUUUGUAA